GUUUCUAGAUUUUUUGAUGAUGGCCAUUCUGACCGGUGUGAGGUGAUACCUCAUUGUAGUUUUGAUUUGCAUUUCUCUAAUGAUUAGUGAUGUUGAGCAUCUUUUAAUGUGCCUCUUGGCCAUCUGUAUGUCUUCUUUGGUGAAAUGUCUAUUUAGGUCUUCUGCCCAUUUUUCAACUGGAUUGUUUGUUUUUUUGAUAUUGAGCUCCAUGAGCUGUUUGUAUAUUUUGGAGAUUAAUCCUUUGUCCGUUGUUUCAUUUGCAAAUAUUUCCUCCCAUCCUGAGGGUUGUCUUUUCGUCUUGUUUAUGGUUUCCUUUGCUGUGCAAAAGCUUUUAAGUUUCAUUAGGUCCCAUUUGUUUAUUUUUAUUUCCGUUACCCUAAGAGGUGGGUCAAAAAGGAUCUUGCUGGCUUUGCAGACGCCGCCACCCCAGAACCUCCCACGCUGCCCAACCAUGGUCAACCCUACCGUGUUCUUUGACAUCGCCGUCAACGGCGAGCCCUUGGGCCGCGUCUCCUUCGAGCUGUUUGCAGACAAAGUUCCAAAGACAGCAGAAAACUUUUGUGCUCUGAGCAGUGGGGAGAAAGGCUUUGGUUAUAAAGGUUCCUGCUUUCACAGAAUAAUUCCGGGAUUUAUGUGCCAGGGUGGUGACUUCACACGCCAUAAUGGCACUGGUGGCAAGUCCAUCUACAGGGAGAAAUUUGAUGAUGAGAAUUUCCUCCUGAAGCGUACGGGUCCUGGCAUCUUGUCCAUGGCAACUGCUGGCCCCAACACAAACGGUUCCCAGUUUUUCAUCUGCACUGCCAAGACUGAGCGGUUGGAUGGCAAGCGUGUGGUCUGUGGCGAGGUGAGAGAGGGCAUGGAUACUGUGGAAGCCAUGGAGCGCUCUGGGUCCAGGAAUGGCAAGACCAGCAAGAAGAUCACCAUUGCUGACUGUGGACAAAUCUAA